GUAAACAUAAAUGGCGUGUCGAAGAUGCAAGAGUGAGAGAAGCUCAAACUGCGUUUUAAAUCAUCGAACAAUCUUCCGUUCACAGCGUGUAAUUCAGCGGUUUUGAUUCUACCAUUCAGGAGGAGGAAUCGUAAAAUCAGGGAAAAUUGCGGGACACCUUCCUUUCCGGAUUCGAGACCCGGAUAGAAACCGCCUUGUGGAAUUCUUCGAUUGGAUCGCGUUUUGCUGACGGUGGAUUUGUGAAGAGAAAAAGUCUAUCGAAUCGCAAGAUUUAUUGGCGUUUAUUACUAUGCGGCUAGCGGAGUUAAAUUGGCCAAAGGCUCGUAUGACACCCACGAAGAUUGACUUUAAGACCAUCGUUAAAACGAAGAGAUCAAAAAGAUUCAUCGUUGGUGUGGCCUAUGACAACAGUUUCGUGAUGGCUUAUAUACUAGUUUUGGAAUUCGUGGGCCCCAGAUGGAGAACUUUUAUCGGUCACAUGUCCUAUGGAAUAUUCUAUACUAUUGGCACGAUAACUAUACCAUGGAUAGCUUAUGGGGUCGCCGAUUGGCAAACUUUUUCUCUGAUCACGACCGUUCCAAUAUGUGCUGUUAUAGCCGCACCUUUCGUUGUUCCUGAGAGCGUCAGGUGGUUAAUUGGAAAGGGGCAUAUCGAGGAAGCUAUGAAGAUCAUCUCGAAGAUCGAGAAAGUAAAUAAUCGCACGAUACCUAACGAUGUAUAUAACGAAUUUUUGGAGGAUUGCGGGAGAACUGCAGAAACCUUGGCUGAGGAGGAAUACACCAUCCUCGAUUUAUUUAAAACAAAACGUUUAAGAAGGAUUACGCUGCUAUUAACGGCGGUAUGGGGCGUCAUUCAAAUGGCCUACGACGGUCACAUAAGAUGCUUGGACCGCCUCGGCAUGGAUGUAUUCACUACAUUUACCAUAGCAUCCGCGACCGAAUUCCCAGCCGAGAUGGUAAUCGUCUACACUCUCGACGUGUUUGGUCGAAGAUGGACGUUGUUCGUCGCGGUGAUACUCUCCGGAUUGUUCAGCCUACUCGCAUCCAGCUUCUCGAUAGGGAUCGUCUUCGUCUCUUUCGCGAUUUGUGGCAGACUCUUCAUCAAUAUCGCCUCGAAUAUCGCGAUGCAAUACGCGGCUGAAUUACUACCGACGGUGAUACGAGGCGAGGGCGUGGCGUUCAUACACAUGACAGGAUACGUUACUUCCAUCUGCAGCCCCUUCAUCGCCUUCUCCAGCAGACUCAUGUACAAUCUGCCGAUGAUCAUCCUUGGCACGUGCUGUAUAUUUGCUGGAUCUCUCAGUCUCUUCCUUCCUGAAACACUGAUGGAACAACUACCCCAAACGAUGAUGGACGGAGAGUUAUUCGGAAUCGAUCAGACUUUCUGGGAAACGCCAUUGACGAAGAAGAAACCACCGGAACCAAUGGUACAUCACCUGCACGCCAAACGUCCGGUAAAACGACCGGCCAUACUGCGCAGCAGUAUGAUUUCCGGUUACAUUGGCAAUGUGAAACGACACACUCUAAUGCAACGAAGAGUCCGAGCACUCCAGAGACAUUAAAACACCCUACAUUUUCGACCAAAAGAGACACGUUAUUACUGUUAUUAUCUUCACCCUUUCGUUCCUGUCGACGCGGUCAAAGUGGAACUACGAAAUAGAUAGUACAAUAAUAGAAAAAAAAUAGAUAGUAGUUGGAUCAGAAACUGAUCUUGUAAAAAUCGUAAUUUAUAAGUUUAUUUGUCGUGUAACAGGUAGAAAAAAAUAUACACAGAUUGUGACUGUUAAAUAAUUUAAGAAUAAAAAAGUUAAUGUAAUUGGAUCAAAGACUGAAGAUCAAAUGACAAAGAGGAUUUAUUAUUAAUCAUUAUUUAAAUAACGAAAAAUAAGAUAUAUAAUAGGACGAAUGGAUCAACUUGUAUAAUUAUAUUUAUACAGUAGAUAAAUAAGAUAAAUAAGAUAAAUAAAUAAGAUAAAUAAGAUAUUGUUCAAUUUAGACGAAUUAAUUCUUUAAAAAGAUAUGAUGUUAUUUAUGUAAAGAGAAUAGGAACAUUCGCCUGUACAAAAGGUCAGUUUUUUAUUUCUUGAAUAAACGAAUAAACUUCGAGAUGAA